ACGUCAGCCUUAGAACGCACCACGUACAUAUAGCUCGGCAUCUAAACGAUUGCCACGGACAUUCUUGCAUAGGACCCUCCAUCACACGUCGGCAGUCUCAAAUCCGAGCUCCGUUGUAUCACUAAGCAUCAAUCCGAACUUCCGUGUGAACCCAAAGCCAAAAUGGACGACUCUGGGGACAGCAUUCGAUCGCCAUCAGCAAGCAUGAAUUUGAUUGAAGAGGAUGAUGAGCCUGCCUGGACUUAUACCUAUGAUCCGGAAGAUGCCGAAGGAAUGGACGACGACGAUGAGUACGACCCCGACUUUCAAGAUGAGCCAGAGGAAGAAGACGGGGACGACGAUGAUGAGUUUCACGAUGCUGAGGACGGCGAGGACAGCAACGUAGAGGUGGAAGUGUUCAUGGGUGCUGGCGACGAGGACGACGAUGAUGCUGAGGAAGACGGCAUGGCCGCUAAUCCAAUAUCGAGACUCAUGACUCUCAUCACUGGUGCUGCGGGCAACGGAACAGGGUUUCUUACACGAGCACAGUUGCUAGGCCUCAUUCAAAGUGGCGAAGUGACAUUACGCACCACUCACGACGAAGAAGACGAUGACGAAGAUAUUGGCUGGGGAAGAAGACGGAGACGGCCUCGCGCACGGGAGCCGAAUCGGUUCCCUAAAGUACCGAGCGAGGAGGGCACGAAGUUGAUGCACUCUGGCGUUUUCGGCGCAAACGAUUAUCGAGUGACGAAGAAGAAGCAACUGGCACGCAGGAUAUUAGACCGUGAGCUCGGUCUGGGGGAUAGGCGUGACCGGAAGCAGAACCAAGAUCUCAUGGCCCAGGGAAUGAUACCCUCGACAAACCCCGAAAUGAUUGUGCACUACGACGACCCUGUGUAUUCCGGCCAGUUCUCCGACGACGGUAAUUUCUUUUACGCCUGCGGUCACGACUUCAAGGUCCGCAUGUACGACACAUCGAAUCCGUACAAUUGGAAAUAUUACAAGACGGUUAAUUACCCCUGGGGACAGUGGACACUGACCGACGCAUCCUUGAGUCCUGACAACCGCUGGCUUGCUUAUACAUCAAUUCAAAGCAACGUUUGUCUGGCACCUACGGAUCCCAACGACACGGGAGACCCAUACACUUUGGAUCUGGCAGAGAGGAGUGCGGGAACUCGACACGCAGGAUGGCGAUCGAGACAUUCCUUUUUUGGUCUGUCAGAUUUUCGGGAGAGGUCGUCGAUCGUCGUCUACGACAUUGAAUCGCGCACUGUAUUACACAAUGUCGUCGGGCACGAAGACGACGUGAACGCUGUGUGCUUUGCGGACAAGUCUUCUCCGCACAUUCUCUACUCUGGAUCGGACGAUGCCACAAUUAAAGUCUGGGAUCGACGUAGCAUGGGAGACGGCCGGCCAGCUGGCGCUUUCGUGGGCCAUGUCGAAGGUCUCACGUACAUUGACAGUAAAGGCGACGGUCGAUACAUUCUGAGUAACGGCAAGGACCAGACAAUGAAGCUUUGGGACUUGAGGAUGGUCAUGUCCACGGCCAAGUACGACGAGGACGAAGACUGGUUCCGCACCCCAACGAUAACUCGAAGGCCACCAGAACUCGCGGCCACUGGAGCGCAGAUACCGUAUAUAUCACGGCGACGACUUCCCGGUUGGAACACGUGCGUGCGCGACUCCUUCAUAUUUCUGCGAGUUUCGGUCUAUACGUCUGCAUGGAACGGAUUCAACAUGGCUCACGGGACCUGCACGCUGCAUUCGUACAAUGAAGCCGAAGAUGACGAGGCAGAGCCGCCAAUGGGUCGCAAUGUCGACGAGAAGCUGCGCCCCGUUGGCGAAUCAUUCCAAAGCUAG